CGGUAUUACAAGGAAAAUGCUAAAUGGACACUCAGAAUUGUUUUAUUCCAAUGUUUACGAUUUACGUCAAUGGUUGCUAAUUGAUUAUUUAUCAAUUUGUUGUGAUACAUUUUGGACGCUUAUUUGAGAGAAAAAUGUUAAAACUGAGUAUUUUCCUUCUCACAAUAAUAACGUCGGUUCAUAGUUUAUACCACAUUCCAUCUAUGAAAAAAUUCAGUCCCCAAAAAGAAAUGGCGGAAGAAGCUCUGUUUGGCUACAGCAUUGCUUAUCAAGCAUCGACCAAAAGAUUAUUUAUAAGUGCCCCAAAAGCAGAUCAUGUUGGGAAAGUCUUUACUAUGGAUGAAAAUGGAAACAUGACUAAAAUAUCCUUCUAUUUAGAUAACAUAAAUAUUACUGCGGAACAUAGCAUUUGGCUCGGUGCGACUGUGAGGGCAUCCAACGAUUUCUUUGUGACAUGCGCACCACGAUAUGGGGAAAUGAAAUAUCCAUCAACAAAAAAAAAAGAGAGAGCUCUGGCUGUAUUGGGACUAUGCUUCAUACAAGCCGUUAAUGCUGAUAUGCAUACAUUAAAAGGGCUCCAGAAACAAGAAAGAGCUACGUUUGGUACUAAAUUUGAAUACAGAAUGGAUUCAUUCGGUUGGGAUAUUGGAAUAGACAAUGAAAUGGAAGUUAUUCUAGGAAGCCCAAUCCAUAGAGGUCAAGUGUCAAUUUAUGAAGAUCCUCUCAGUACAGACAAUCCAAAAUUAAUAUCAAAAAUAGUCCCAAAGGACGCAGUGGAUCACAAUUAUGGUUAUAGCAUAACAUUUGGAAAAUUCUUUACAAAUGAAUCGCUAUUUGCAAUAAGUUCAACGUAUGGGGACGUUGGAAUUGGAAAGGUGUUUUUCUUUAACAAGAAAUAUACACAUAUUCAGACAAUAAGAAGCGACCGAGUGGGAAUAAUGUUUGGCGCAGCGCUAUGCUCGCUCAGGUUGAAUGUCCACUAUGAUUCGCUUCUCAUCGGUGCUCCAACUUAUGCUGAGGAUGCAAAUACUAAUGAUGCAGGAGCAGUGUACGUUUUCGUACCGGAUUCAGACGUUUCGGCUAAUAGAUUAGUUUACAAAAAGACAAUAAAAGCUACUGAGGUUGGUGGCUAUUUUGGAAAUGCGAUGCUUAACUUGGGUGACAUGGAUGGGGAUGGGAAAGAUGAAGUGGCAAUAGCAGCUCCGUAUGAAGACGACGGGGCAGGGGCAGUGUAUAUUUAUUCAGGAUAUUCCCUUCUGAAUGAACCUACUACAUACCGGGUUAGGGUAAAACCAGAAGGAUUCCGCUCGUUCGGCUUCAGUUUAACAUCUAUUGAAAAUCAAGAAAACGGCUGCAAUGAUUUAUCCAUCGGUGCUCCAUACAGUAACAGUGUUUUCCUUGUACAAUGCAUGGCUUCUGUGACAGUUCAAUUAAGAGCAACACUUCCAAGCUUUCAGUUUAAGCAUGUUGAUAAAUUGGAAAACUUUGACAUGGAAGUAUGUUUGGAUGUAACGUAUCCGGAAAAGCCAAGGGAAAUCGAUGCAGCUAUAGAAAUCAGAAUUGAGCUAUCAACUAUAUAUUCGAAGUUAAAAGAGGGAUCAGAUACCGGUAUCUUUUCUUACGUAGUGGCUAUAAAUGAUAAGAAACCGCCGUAUUGCCGAAAACUCGGGGUGCAAGUGAAGAUACCGAACACUGAAUUCUUCCAAGUAAUCGAGUACAACAUAACAGCUGGGCUUCUAAGUAAUCCAGAAGACAGCGUAAACUUCGAGCCAUCUCGUGUUCUUUUGAGCGAGAGAAGUCGGUUAUCGUUGCAAGGCAAGGAGUCGGUUUCGACUUGCGGAGCUGGCAAAACUGUCUGUAUUCCUAACAUUGUGCAUACAAUAUCAUCUUCUAUGAAAUUACUGAAUUCGUCAGCGUUUGAAUAUUGGUUAGGCAGUACUGACAGGGAACAUUUCGCUAUUUCUUUAGAAAAUAAAGGUGACCCAGCCUAUUCGUUGUGUACAGUUAUACAGAUCGAAGGAGUUAAUGUUCUGACACAUCCUAGAAGCUGUAGCAGAGAACAUAACAGUUUCCUCUGCAAACCCCGUUUCACUUUGCAAAAGGGUGAUAUUUGGAAUAUGGGAAAUUUUCUAUUAGAAACGGGAAUAUUGAAUAGUAAGGAUAAACAAAUAAAAAUAAUUAACGAAGUGUACAAUCACUGCGGCAAUGUUUCUGAAAAGCAAUAUUAUGAAAAAACUGUUAUAUUGUAUCCUGACUCUAGUUUACAGUUGAACGGAGUAACCAAUCCCAAUGAUAUGAUUAAUACAACAGCUGAAAACUUGAACACUGUCGAGAAGAAAUUUGAACACGUUUAUACUAUAACCAAUAGAGGUAAAACCAAUUGGGUGGGGAUGCUGAGUGAGAUUGUAUUUAAUAAUAGUUUCCAUAUUGAUUUUCUCUACACUACGAUAUAUGCGUAUCCAGAAUGGGGUGCCAUUGUGUGUCCUGUAAGUGACGGAAGUAAUUUAAACUACGAGAACAAAUUCAUUUGUAAUAUCGGUGAUAUGAGGCCGAAUCAGAAAAUAACGAUAUAUAUCAGUAUUGUGACGAAAAUCGGAUCUUUUGAAGAAUCAGAUGAUGCUAAAAACAUAUCAAUAUCAACAGCGAUACAUUUAUUAGACGUAAAAAGUUCACGGCUAAGCAUAGGGCUAGAGACCAUAUUACUCUGUCAGAUACCAUCUGUGGCUUUGUGGAUUAUCAUAGUGGCUGUUAUAUUUAGCUUGAUUUUGCUGGCUAUAAUAGCGUUUGUUCUCUAUAAGUGCGGUUUUCUGCGGCGAAAGAAAAAAGGUGAAUUAAAAACAUUGAAGAAAGAGUACCAUAGACGGAGUAUGCUGCGUCAGUCGAUGCGUGCUUCUAGAAUAAAUACAGGUGAUAAUAAUAUACUAUUGGAACACGAAAAUGAUCAGACAAAUAAACAGCCGUCGUAAUUUAGAUUUUAGCAACACGAGAACCUGCGUUUUUGUAUGUAACCGACUCUUUUCGACUAGGCUGAAUACCCAAUAGAAUAAUUCAGACUCCGUCUAAUUCAAACUUUGUAUACUUAUUCAAGAAUUGUGACAAUUUAGUAAU